AUGUUGCACACACUGGUGAAGGAAACCAUGAGUGCCCAGCAAGACUCCCAGGGAAGGGUGACCUCAACAAACACACCCACACAUUCGGUUGAAGAACCCCUUGAGUGCCGUGACUGUGGCAGGAGGUUCAGAAAAAAGAUUCACCUUACAACGCACACUCUCAAACACACCGGGGAAAGACCUCAUGGAUGCAAUGUCUGUGACAAGAGUUUCAGUACGAAGAGUGCUCUCAAAACACACACACUCACACACCCCGUUGAACGACCUCAUGAAUGCCGUGUCUGUGGCAAAAUGUUCAGUACGAAAGGUACCCUCAAAACACACUCCCUCCUCCACUCAGGUGACAGACCUCAUGAAUGUCAUUUCUGCGACAAAAAAUUCUGUUACAAGAGCCAACUCAACACACACAUUCUCACACACACUGGGGAAAGGCCUUAUGAAUGUAAAGUCUGUAGAAAAGUGUUCACAGAGCAGAGCAGCCUCGACAAACAUGCCCGAAUACACUCAGGCGAAAAACCUCACGAAUGCCUCGACUGCGGCAAAAAGUUUGCCCACAAGAGUAACUUCCGAAAACACACCUUCACACACUCGGAUAAAAAGCCUCACGAAUGCCUUUACUGCAGCAAGAGGUUCAACGUUAAGGGUGACUUAAAAAUACACAUCCUAACACAUACCGGAGAAAGACCUAAUCAGUGUAAAGUUUGCGGCAAACGAUUUACUCAGAAGAGCUCACUAAAUACACACAUGUACACACACUCCGGUGAAAAGCCCCAUGAAUGUGACGUUUGCGGGAAGAAGUUCAUCAGGAAGAGCCAGCUGGUUGUACACAAUUACUUACACACCGGGGAAAGACCUCUUGAGUGCCUGGAAUGUGGUAAACGGUUUGUCUGGAGGUGUAGCUUGAAUCAACAUGUCUUCAGACACUCCGGCCUGAGGCAGUUUAAAUGUGAUGUCUGUGGGAGACACUUUAAAACCAAGCAGGAAAUUGCCCGGCACAUGAAGACCCAUUUCUAGGCGUUUUGUUGUACAGUUAACUCUGGAUUUACGCGAGUAUUGUGUCCUUGAAGAGGUGGCAUAAAUCCAAAACAAUGUAGUAAAUCCAACAAGAGGUAGGUUUGUACCUUUAUUGCCUACUGUAUCACUCUGACUCCUCUCCCUCUCGUGGUUCUUCCUCUGGCUGCCCUUCCCCUCGUGGUAGCACAGCAGCGAGGGUGUUGUUGUUGUUGAUGAGUAGCGUGGGUACUGUAUUGUUGUUCAAGUGGCGUGCGGGAAGAACUGAGCUCAGGUGUGUGGCCGUGUGAGUCCAGUUGCGUGAGACAUCUGGUGGACACUCCAUGAAAUAUCGCGUAGAAGUGAAAAAAAAUGUGUAAAUUAAACAUUUAUUUGGAUUUUGGACCACGCGUUAUUUCAAAAACGCGUAAACCAAACUCGCGUAAAUUGAGUUACCUGUACCAAGUGCAGGUUUCAAC